UUUCACAUACGGCUUUAGCUCACUGAAACACGCUUAGAGUGAAGAUGAAGCCAAUUCUUGCAAUUGCUGUUUUUGUUAUCUUGGUUUUAUACCUCGAUAACUGUGAAGCCCGAGUGCGUGUUAGAAGUAGUAGAAGUAGAUUUAGAAGUAGAAGUGGAAGUGGAGGCAGUAGUGGCGGAAGCAGAACCAAACCUCGUAUUUUCAAAGGCUACAAACCGGGCACCAAAGUCACAAGAAAUACACCCAUACCAGUACUACUACCAAGAACACCCGUAAUCUCCAUUCAAACUAGAGUAGCUGAUCCCAAAUUGGUGAGAAGAGUACAUGAUGGUCCAUCGUAUCAAAAACACAACCUAAAAGACGCGCCCGUUUAUCGUGAAAAGUUCUAUAUGUAUGGUUGUGAGGUUACUAUUCCCAGUGACAGAGCGUUAAGGGUGAACUUCACUAAACAAAAUGUCCAAUUUGUGCAAGGCAAGGWRUGUCUCUCAACGUCUCUUAAUGAUUCCCGAUCGGGUGGACAAAAAGUAAGAACAACUUUUUUGCGUCGUGAAGUUGACAACCCAAGCAAGUUAAGACUUGUAGAAGUCAUCAACGGACGGAACAAAACCAAUGUCCGUUUUGUGAGUACUUCCUUCAUUCCUUCUUACUACAUUCAAGUCUCAACCAUCGUAGAGUACAAUUACACAACAGCGGUUCGGAUGUUAGACCAUAACAGUACAGCAGAGAAUGCCACCAUUGCAAAUUGCACUCAGGUGCACAGUGUCGUGAAUGGAACCGUGGUUCGCUUAUACGCUACAAACCCCGACGCCGACGCCAAAGCAGGAAUAGCUACAAGCAGCAUUUUAACUGUUUUAUCUUCCAGUGUUUUGUUGUUGCUUUUACAUAGUUAAUCUUUCUAUAAAAUGUAACGCUUCAAGCAAUUCUUGUCGUGUUCUGUGUGAAGUUCAAAUUGAAUUACAGCACAACUUAGCCUUGCGAACACCUCGUCUUUGUAGACUUUGUACGUACACUUUACAUGCAGGCACUAGCUCUAUGCUAUUGCACCUCUAUAUUCAAUWCACGAAGUAUUUUUUGCUUUACCCUUUUGAGUGAUAGUAUUAAUAUUAACUUUAUUAAGGUUCAAUACAGUCCAAUUCUUCGACUACAACACUCGAACUGUUGUCACUUUAUCGUCAAGCAGAACCAAGAGUUCGGCCAGCUAUACGUCUAGUUGCUCCGGUACAAGAAGGUUUUACCCAUGGCUAACUUAUACAUCUUUAUUAAUUAUUGUAAUUUAAGACAAUCGCGUUUUUUAACAAAUGCUUAAUUAAUGUAUUUAACUGAAUCGUACUAMUUGUAGCAUUGUGAGAGAAAUAAAUAAAGACAAUUUGCAUUAAAAA